GCCCUGGAAUUGACAGAAGUCACAUAACGAUGAAGACACUUGCCUUUAUCAUCGUUUCCCUAACUCUGGUGUUAGAGACUUAUGCAGAUGUUGCCAGCCUCAUUACCCCAUCUCUUUUCGAUCAAAUGCUGAAAUAUCGAAACGAUGGGCGCUGCCCUAGCAAUGGGUUCUACAAGUAUGACGCUUUCAUUUCUGCUGCUCGAUCUUUCAAUGGGUUUGGCACAACAGGCGAUGUGGCUACCCAGAAAAAAGAGCUUGCUGCUUUCUUGGGUCAAACCUCUCACGAAACCACUGGUGGAUGGUCAAGUGCGCCAGAUGGCCCUUAUGCUUGGGGAUAUUGCUUUAUUAGGGAAAACAACCAAGACGUGUACUGCACUCCAUCAGCCCAAUAUCCAUGUGCAGCCGGCAAAAAAUAUUACGGCCGAGGACCAAUCCAACUUACCCACAACUACAACUAUGCUCAAGCGGGUAGAGCAAUCGGAGUGGAUCUGAUAAACAAUCCAGAUCUAGUAGCCACAGACCCGGUUGUAUCAUUCAAGACAGCUAUAUGGUUUUGGAUGACCCCUCAAGGAAACAAACCGUCAAGUCAUGACGUCAUUACCGGUCGUUGGAAUCCAUCUGCUGCAGAUAGUUCGGCGGGUCGGGUCCCUGGAUAUGGAGUGAUUACAAACAUAAUCAAUGGCGGACUUGAAUGUGGGCAUGGUCAAGAUAAUAGGGUAGUUGAUCGGAUCGGAUUCUACAAGAGGUACUGUGGCAUAUUGGGAGUGAGCACGGGGGACAACUUGGACUGUAACAAUCAAAGACCAUUUUAGGGAAAAUGCAUGGGAUCUAAUAAGACAUUAUCCAUCUGCCAAAUAAAUAAGGUCGUAUGAUUCCUAGCUAAGAAUAGGGAAUAAGAUACUUCAUACUUCGUUCUAUGUAUCAGGAAUAUCAAUAAAAGAAAAAACGUAUUUCUUCCUCAAA